GGGGAAGAGCAACAGCUCUUUACUACUACUUAUACUUAGUUUUGUUUUAUACCUUUAAGGUUAGGGGUUUUUAAAACUUUUUUUAUUUGUUAAAGAGCCCUACUUUAAUUGCCCACCGUUAUAUUUUAAGGUUAGUUUGUUUUAGUUUGACUUUUUAAACUUUUUUUUUCAUCAUGACUUCAAGCAGUGUGACACUAGAAAUAACUGACAAUGAGUUGGUCCACAUCCUGAGGACCCCCCGGGAUCAGUACACCUCCAGUGGGUGCGUGAUCCUGGACUGCAGACCUUUCCUCGACUUCUCCGCCACGCAUAUCUGUGAGUCCCGAAACGUCAACUGGAACUCGAUGCUGCGCCGCAGGUCCAAGAGCUCGGUGGUGGCCCUGGAGUGGCUCAUCCCGGAUAAGACGCUCCUGGCUCGGCUGCGGCGGGGGGAGUUCUCCCCGGUGGUGGUUGUGGAUGACAGGAGCGGCUCGUUGGCCGGGCUGAAGGCAGAGAGCGUGGCCCAAAUGCUGCUCACCGCCCUGCAGAACGAGGUCCAGACGCAAAUCUGCUUCCUGCAAGGUGGAUUUGAGGGAUUUUCAGAGGCCUUUCCAGAGCUGUGUUAUGAAUCUGGGAUCAACCAACUCACUUCUGUGGAACCAGAGCCAAGGGCAGGCCGGGGAACUCCAGCAUAUGAUCAGGAUGGGCCAGUUGAGCUGCUGCCCUUUUUAUUCCUGGGCAGUGCCGUCCACUCUUCCCGCAGAGAGAUGCUGGCAGCAGCAGGCAUCACCGCCGUCCUCAACGUGUCCUCCACCUGCCCAAACUUCUACGAAGGAGAGCUUCAGUACCUUCGACUCACUGUGGAGGAUACACUCGUUGCUGACAUAAGAGCCUGCUUCCACACAGCCAUCUCUUUCAUUGAUUCUGUGAAGAAGAGUGGCGGUCGGGUGCUGGUGCAUUGUCAGGCAGGUAUCUCCCGCUCAGCCACCAUCUGCCUGGCUUACCUCAUGCACACGCAGCGUGUCCGCCUGGACGAGGCCUUCGACUUUGUCAAGCAGAGGCGUCACGUCAUCUCCCCAAAUCUGGCGUUUAUGGGACAGUUGCUGCAGUUUGAGACAGACAUCCUCUGUCAGGGAUGAGAGACCAGUGGAGACGCACAGAGAGAUCGUCAUCCCACAGUGUUGUGGCAGACUCCGAUUCUUACCAGGACUCGCACAAAUGAUGCGUUAGUACAGAAAACGGUACACUUAAUGAGGAUUCCGAUAAGUUACUUGUGCUGCUGGCAUCACAUAACUGGAUUCCUUUUUCAAAGCUCAGACUGAAAAAUGUGUUAUUUUAUUAAACUGUGAUUGGCAGUUUCAUAACCUGCUGAAAUAUUUAACUUGAAAUUGACUACAGCCCAGAAGUAGUAGGUUGGAGCAGCUAUUCGGUACUUUCACUUACACUUUACUGGUGAGGGAAGUUGGUUCUGGUUGUGUGUGUGUGUGUGGAUCUGUGUGUUUGUUAUUUUUAAAACGAAUGUGCCUGUUUAUUGAGAAUGUCUGGUUUGCUUUCAUACUGAAGUCACUGUGACAUAACUUUAAGAAAGCACUGUGUCAAUACUUAAAGCAAAAGGGUUUUUAAUUUCUUCAAUUGAAGUAAAGAAAUGCACUAACUAGAGUCUAUAUUAUGAGGUAACCCAUUUAUAGGCUGGAAACAGUUUUAAAUUAUGUUUUUCUUUUUUUAUUGCAGUGUUACAAUUUUUGAUAUGCGUUUCUGCACUUUAAAACCUGCAAAAGUCAAUCUACUCCUGUUUUUGUU